CGUUGACCGUUGACUCACACAAUGACGACGACGACAAAAUCAUCAGACGUCCUGCUGCUCGGCGCAACAGGCUUCACCGGAACACUCAUUAUUCGCUAUCUCUGCGCUCAUCCACAGCGCCAUCUUUUCACCUUUGCCAUCGGUGCUCGCUCACGGUCGAAGCUCGAUGCACUCGUCCAAAAGUUGGACGUCCCAUCUUCUGUGCAACUUGUUCAAGUUGACGUUACGGACAAGCAUCAAGUUGAGGAGGCUGUCAAAAGUACCCGCGUUAUCAUCAACACUGUUGGUCCUUAUUGGAAGUGGGGAACGCCCGUCGUUGCCGCAUGUGUCCGAAACGGAGUGCACUACGUCGACCUUGCAGGUGAGACACCAUGGGUAAAAUACAUCAUCAAUCGCUACGACUACUACGCAACCAUUACCGGCUCCAUCAUCGUCCCCCAAUGCGGGUACGACUCCAUCCCAUCCGACAUAAGCGCCUUCCUCGCCAACAAAACCCUCAAAGCCCACUCUCCCCCACUCAACCUUGGAACCAGCACAACAGCCCACAAAAUCCGCGGCGGCGUCUCCGGAGGCACACUCGCCUCAGCCAUGACAGCUAUCGAGGAAGUUCCCCGCUACGAGCGCAAGGAAGCAUCGCUCCCGCACUCACUUAGUCCCAUCGUCGGCGUGAAACCCUCGCGGCCGCAGUUCUGGUAUAAGCUUCCGAUACCGGGGGCUAAAGAGAUAUAUGGCGCGUUUUUCUUCAUGCAGCCUACGAAUCGGGCGCUCGUGCAGAGAACGGCCGGGCUUUUGGAGUUGGAAGCCAUUAUGCAUGGAGACCGAAAGGAAGCUCAACUCGAGAGAUAUGGUUCUAAUUUCUCGUAUGAUGAGUUCAUAGUGAUGCCUUCGAAAUUGGUAUCCACCAUGGUGACGACGGCUUUCGUCAUUGGUGUCGGAAUGUUGGUUCUCGUCCGGCCCUUUAGGUGGCUGGUGAAGAAAUUGAUGCCCCAGCCCGGGGAGGGUCCAUCUGAAGAACAAAUGCAAAAUGGAUUCAUGCAAUGCACGAACCUCUCCGUAUCCGACUCUUCCCCGCCUGUGCACGUCCAAUCCGUCGUGAAAGGGCACGGCGAUCCGGGGUACUCCCUCACCGCAAUAAUGAUCUCCGAAUCGGCACUAUCCAUCAUCCUCCCGCCACCCUCCCAAACCGAAUCACUCAAAACUCGAACAGAAGAAACGCAGAUCCAUAAUCUGGGUGUGUUGGCGAGGCAAGGUGGCGUGUUGACGUCUAUGACGGCGUUUGGGGAUGUGUUGAUCAAGAGGUUGGAGGAGACGGGGAAGUUUGAGUUUUCGAGCUGUGUUGUUGAGGAAGGCGAGGCGAGGAAGGGUGUAUAAUAUACUAGUAUACAGGGUUUUAUAAUAUAUGUGAGAGUUGGCCUACAUACGGAGGUUGAACUGCCUGUUCUUGGUUAAUAUAUAUUAUCGUUGUUGGCGUUUG